CAGCGUGUAGAGCUGCUCUACAGAUAAUUCAUUAUCCCAUCGUUUUUGAUGCGCAUGGUGAUACCGGAUUCGACUCUGCCUGUGAGAUGAAGGUACAUCGACAUCAUGGGCCAAGGUUACUCCCUCACGACCCUGUCGGCGGGUUCGGCGGGGAUCGAUGUCCCCGAGCUGUCGGACUUGACGUAUGAGAAGUCUAUGGGCGGUGGCCGAUUUAUGAAGAGCAUACGAGCAAGACAGCAAAAUGGCCUCGUUCUAGUAAAGGUAAUAGUGAAGCCUUACCCCAGCAUGGAGCUGGCGCCCUAUGUCAAGGCCAUCAACCGGGAACGAAAGCUGCUUUCGGAGGUGCCUAAUGCGCUAAGCUAUCAUAGAAUAUUGGAGACCAGCACCUGCGGGUAUCUGGUCCGCCAAUACAUGCAUAGUUCGCUCUAUGAUCGGAUGAGCACCCGUCCUUUCCCAGAGGACAUUGAGAAGAAAUGGAUUGCAUUCCAGCUUCUGUGCGCUCUGCGGGACUGCCAUUCGUUGGAUGUUUUCCACGGCGAUAUCAAGACAGAGAGUGUCUUAGUCACGUCGUGGAAUUGGGUAUAUCUCUCGGACUUUUCGUCGUCUUUCAAGCCGACGUACCUUCCGGAGGAUAACCCAGCCGAUUUUCAUUUCUAUUUCGACGCAUCGGGGCGACGAACCUGCUAUCUGGCCCCGGAGAGAUUUCUGAUGGCUGGAGAUAAGCCGGCGAGUCAGAGUGUCAACUGGGCCAUGGACAUAUUCAGUGCUGGAUGUGUGAUCGCAGAACUCUUCCUAGAGUCGCCAAUAUUCACGUUGCAUCAAAUGUAUAAAUACCGCCAAGGCGAAUACAGCCCAGAACAUACUCUGGCCAAGGUCGAGGACCCCGAGAUCCGAGCUUUGAUCCUUCACAUGAUCCAGCUUGAACCGGAGUCGAGAUACUCGGCGGAAGAAUAUUUGAAUUUCUGGAAGAACAAGGCUUUCCCAGACUACUUUUACAGCUUUCUUCAUCAGUACAUGUCGCUCAUGACAGACCCGUCCUCUGGGAAAACGCAAGUCGACGCUGCGUCUGCAAACCGAGGGGAGGCUGAUGAUCGGAUUGAGAGGAUAUUUUUGGAUUUCGACAAGAUAUCUUACUUCCUUGGCGCAACCCCCCAGCCUAAGGAAGAUGGCUCUAGUCGCACCACCCCGAAGCUCACCGGUAAUACUCUGCCAGUGCAACUUGACCUGCCGCACUAUGGGAACCCAACCUCCAAGUCGCAACUUCCGCUUGACGAUGGCGUCUUGAUUUUCCUUACGCUGGUUGUAUCGAGCUUACGCAAUACGUCUAAGUCUUCGGUGCGCGUGAAGGCCUGUGAUGUUCUUUUGGCAUUUGCCGAAAGGUUGUCGGACGAAGACAAGCUGGACCGCAUUCUCCCUUACAUCAUGGUGCUUCUCAAUGAUCGAACAGAUUCGGUGCGAGUUGCUGCCAUACGAGCCCUUGCGCAGCUUCUAGAAAUGGUUCAGGUCGUAUCACCAGUCAAUGCCUAUCUUUUUUCGGAAUACAUAUUCCCAAGAAUCCAGCCAUUUGUCCCCAGCGCCAACUCAAGCCCCUCUCCACUUGUUCGUGCGGCAUAUGCGUCGUGUAUUGCCUCUCUCGCGCAAUCUUCGCUGAGAUUCCUGGAUAUGAUCCAGGCGCUCCGCACGGAUACUCGGCUACCGACUCUGAUACCGGCUGAAUCGGAGCCAAGAUGGACUGAAGAUGCCACCUACCAUAACCUCUACGAUGUUGCUAGAGUGGAUCUUCUUGAUUAUUUUGAAGCGCACACGAAGGCAUUAUUGACCGAUAGUGAUGCUUCCGUGCGCCGCGCUUUCCUCGGGUCAGUAUCAAGUUUAUGCGUGUUCUUCGGGAACAUCAAAACAAACGAGGUGAUCCUAAGUCACUUAAACACAUACUUAAACGAUCGGGAUUGGAUCUUGAAAUGCGCCUUCUUCGAGGCUGUCGUUGGGGUUGCAGCCUAUGCUGGAUCCACAAGCUUGGAGCAGUACAUCCUCCCCCUCAUGGUCCAGUCAAUGACUGAUCCCGAAGAAUUCGUCGUGGAAAGAGUGCUUCGGUCCCUUGCCUCCAUGGGUGAUUUGGGUCUGCUCCAGCGAUCAACUACAUGGGACAUCCUUCACGUCACAGUGCGGUUUCUCAUCCACCCCAACAUUUGGAUUCGCGAAGCAGCGGUGAAUCUGGUGGUCAGCUCAACAAAAUUCCUAUCAGUGGCUGAUAAAUUCUCGAUCCUUUCUCCUCUUAUCCGACCCUUCCUCAAGGUGAACAUUUUGAAUUUCUCCGAAGAGGAAAUCCUUGAUGCUCUGAAGAAACCUCUUUCGAGAGGCGUAUAUGAACUAGCGUUUGUGUGGGCUUCCAAGGCGGAGAAAGGGCUGUUCUGGAAGUCGGCCAUGCGAGAUGGAAUGUCUAAUCUAGGCGGGAACGGCGGUAUCUCCAAAGGAGGCCAGAAAGGCACAAACUAUUCUCUCAGUGCCCAGGCUAAAACCGAGGAAGAUGAACAGUGGAUUACACGCUUACGAAACAUGGGAAUGGUUCCCGACGACGAUUUCAAGCUACUCGCUCUCCGAGAGUACAUCUGGAGAGUUUCUGCGCGUCAAACGGCAGAUGUUGACAAUGCGACGUCCCUCAAUAAUAUAAUUGCUUUGACGCAGCAGGGAGUCACCCCGCAAACUGUCUUCUUUGACAAGAAUCAAAACCUCAAGCCACGAAAGUCGUCCGUCAGUAAAGGCGAGCCUAGGGAGCGCAAGCCACACACCAUCGCUGACGCACUGCUUGAUGCCUCGACAACGAUUGAGAACGGGAACACCCGUCGCAAACAUCAACGGACCAGAAGUCAGUUACCGAAAGAGUCGGACGCUUCUACGGUCCCUGCAAGACUUAAUACAGUGGACACUCUUCGAGCGGAACAGUCAGCUACAUCUUCACCGGUGGCGUCUUCCCCAAGUGCGGUCCCUGGAUCAAGACCAUUAUCACCACCUGGCUCCGAUGCUGAACGCAGAGUUUCGCCUGGUGGGAACAGUCCCGCUCAGGAGAGCCCCUCCACACCAACAGACCCCGAGAAUCCCACAAUAAAGUACCUGAGCAGUGGAGUACAUAGAAAGUCCAGCGCUAUGAGCUUACUCAACCGGAAGGACAUUGCCAAGGCAGAUGCCGAAACAAGUACCAGUGCCGCCAACGCGUUUGGCAAAGUGGAUAUCCCCUCUCAGCGCGAAGCAACGCAAAGCCCUCAGCCGUCUGCUCAGCCAAGUACGCUUGAUAGAAAAGCGAGCCCGCCUCAAUACCACGCCAACCAUUCUUACGGCGGAGAUGAUCCUGUAGUCCUUAGGCUGCUGGAUUCCGUCUUCGCAGAGAAUUACCCCACGGAUUUCUUUGAUCUCGGUCCCUACGUUAAAGACAUAGACACGAGACGGCCAAUCAAGAAAGCUAGCGAAGACGAUGCAAACAAGGUCUGGAAGCCGACGGGAGGCCUCGUCGCCAUCUUUGGAGAGCAUCGCGGGCCGGUGAACCGAGUCAUCGUGGCCCCAGACCACUCGUUUUUCGUCACGGGAUCCGACGAUGGCACCGUCAAGGUCUGGGAUACAACGCGGCUGGAGAGAAACUUGACGCCCAGAUCACGUCAGACAUACCGUCAUUCUACAGAGGCCAAGGUCAAAACCCUAACCUUUAUUGAAAACACCUACACGUUCGUCAGCGGUGCCGACGACGGAAGUAUCCACGCAGUGAAGGUUGAUUACCACAACGUCAACGACACGGUCCGAUACGGGAAACUCCAGCUUGUGCGCGAGUACCAACUUCCGCUGGCCGACGACGGAUCGGCGGAAUACGCCGUCUGGAUGGAGCACUUCCGCGUGGAUGCCCAAUCGACGCUUCUCAUCGCGACCAACACAUGCCGCGUGGUGGCGCUGGACAUGAAAACCAUGAUCCCGGCGUAUACUCUGCAGAACCCGGUCCACCACGGCACGCCCACCACCUUCUGCUGCGACCGGAAACACAACUGGCUGCUGAUCGGUACCACACACGGCAUCCUCGACCUCUGGGACCUGCGCUUCCGCGUCCGUCUCAAGGCCUGGGGCCUUCCUGGCUCCAGCACCAUCCAGCGCCUGCAGGUCCACCCAACCAAGGGACGGGGACGAUGGGUCUGCGUCUCAGGGAGCGGCAAACACGGCAACGAAGUCACCGUCUGGGACAUCGAGAAGGUCCUCUGCCGCGAGGCCUACGUGGCCGAUUCCGGCGGCGCGGAGGACAGCCCGGCGAAAAACGCCUACGCUACGGCCAAAGAGUACGCCGCCUGGCACGUGGAGGGCGACCGGCCCGAAGGCAUGCUAAGUCGGUUCGCGACGGAGAGCCCGGCGGCCCCUGGCGGCAGCGCCGCCGUCGACCAGGCGUCCGGGCCAUCAGCUGCGGGCGCUGCGCCUGCAGGUAUCUGCACCUUUACGGUUGGGUUCGACAGCCCGGACGACGGCAGGGACAGCAGUGGCACCACGCGUUGCGGGUACAUCAUCUCCGGGGGCUGCGACCGCAAGAUCCGGUUUUGGGACCUGGCGCGCCCGGAGCUGUCGACUAUUGUCAGCGGGCUGGACGUUGUCUCGGACGGUGGGGCAACGGGAAAGCCGCGUUAUGACAUGUCUCAGCCUAGGGGGUCGCUCGUGGUGACGACCGAGCAUAUCCCUGGCCCUCCGCCGUCUUCCGCUGGGGCGGGCAAGAGCGGGAAUAAUCGAAAGGGGGGAGGCGGCGGGCGCUUGCCUCGCAGUACGGUGAUCAGCCUGCAGCAGCAGCAAUUGCUGAAAAGCCAUUUGGACUUCAUCCAGGACGUUGCCGUGCUGCGGGUGCCUUAUGGGAUGGUGGUUAGUGUGGACCGAGCGGGGAUGGUCUAUGUAUUUCAAUAACUCUCCUCGGAGGGACGAUUAUUGAGGAUGAUAGGUGGAGAAAAGCGCCAUGCAGAUGGUGGGUAGCUAGGUAGAUUAAUUUAAUGAUAGAAUACGAUCGAA